GUGUUUGUAGCCAAUCCGCAACAGAAACGCAAACGGCAAAAGCUUAAUACCUGGGACACCCCAGAACACAUGCCAGAAGCAACCCACCAUGCCUACUAUGGACAAUUGCCGGGUUUAAAUGUACCGGGAGAUCCUAUCAAAACUGAACCCAGAGAUUCACCAACUCAUCAGUUUCCCAAUUUCCCAGGUACCUAUCGUCCUACGAACGAAUCACCGUCUCCGAUAGAGCGGUCUCCACGGUACGGUGGAACUACACCAGUUGGACCGACCUCUCCCUAUAAUGCUGCCGUUACCAGCAUAACCCCAACACCGGGUGGUUAUCAACCCAAUCUUAACAAUGAUUUUCUGCUGAACAAUCCGCAGUUCCAGAAUCCGUACAACUUUGCCACACCGUCCCCAACGAACGGGCAACCCAUGUAUCAGCAGUUGCCAAUUCAGCCAGUCCAGCAGCCGUCCCCGCACCAAUUCCAAACGCCCUCUGCCGUGAACAACGCACAACAGUUCAAUUUGAGCAAUCUCGUAAACCUCCAGGAGGCGUCACUCGGGCUGCCCGGCCCCAGUGGAGUCCAGCCUACUGCGAUUUUUCAGCCAAGUGGCAACACGAACGAGCUCAAUCUCAGUAGCCUACUGUGUAUGGAUUCAGCGGAGCUGAAAUCGCUGAUGGCCAACAUCUCUACUUCGGACAUCAAACAGGAACAGCAACGAAUUCAGCAGGAAGCUGAAACCCUUUCGGACAGUUUCACAAGGCUAACUACGAACGGGUUAAAUAACCUAGAUAAAUAGUAUAUGAUGAACAAGUGAAAGGGGAGGGAGGGUAUUUCGAGCAAGCGAUCAAUGUGUACAUAAAUUUUACCAAUUAACACCUAAUCUGUUAAGUUUUGCUUUGGACAGUUUAAAACAAUGUAUUUGUUUUUGAUAAAAAAAAGGGUU